CGUUAGCUGUUGCAUAAAGUUAUACGAGUGUUUUCGAACGAAACCGUUGUUAAUAUUUACAACUGAAGUCUGAACUUAAAAAAUAUAAAUAUGUCAGACAAUUCAUCGAUAAUAUAUUAGAAUACAGAAAGUUUGUGUAUUUUCUAUUAAAUAAGUAAGACCUUUACUUAAUUCUAUUUCACUUUUUUCGUUAUUGUAAAUUUGGUCUCGUGUGAGCUGUGAACGAAAAGUGACGUCAAAAUAUAGAUAUAAUAUAGUGAACAGUGGUACUAACAAAAUUUAACUUGAAUUUGUUUGAAGAUUGACACGAUAAUUGGAUAAGGAAAAGUACUACAUACAAUUGCCUCAAUCGAACAAGUUUUGUAAGUUAAUAAGCGGGUAUGACCUUCUAAAUGAAGGAAUCAUAUUAUCCUGACGAUAUUAUGCUCUGCUUUGUACAAGGAUUCGGUGAACGGGAACCUGGAUAUGGCAAAGACCAUGAAGGAGCUGAAUGUGAUGCCACUAACAUAAAUACUUUAAAGAAAAAACAAAAGCGUAAAUUCUUGACUGUCUCUAAAGCCUCAAACACAGGACUGGGCGAGCAAAGUGACAUUGAAUUUAGAAGGACCGAGUCAGUGGAAGAUAAGUCUUUGAAAGAUACAUUCCUCCGGGGCCUACCAGAGGUGAAGAGAAGCUUCAGUGAUAGAUUCUCAGUAAAUACCGAUGCAAGUGGAAGUAAAAUACCAAAAAGCCUUUCGACCAUCAGAAAAACUUGGUCAACCGGGAACUUCGCGUCGGGCGCGGCGGGUGGCGGGUGCGGGGCGCCCCGCUCCGCUCCCGCCACCCCGCUGCAGCUCGAACCUCACUCAAGAUCGAAACAUGAUAAACAUGCAGUGAAGCCGUUGUCGGGCUCGGCGCCAUCGGUGCGCGUUUCGGCGUUGGCGUCGGGUGAUGAGGCCAAGGAUGGCAAGCAGCCGAGUAAGUCCCGACAGAAGAAGUUCCAGAGGCACUUCCCGCAGGUCGGGCCUGAAGAACGUGUGCUCAAUUAUUAUUCAUGCGCCCUGGUCGGUGAUCUGUUGCUUCAAGGACAUCUGUAUAUUACGAAGAACUAUUUCGCUUUCUAUUCAAACGUCUUUGGCUAUGUGACCAAGUUACUAAUUCCGACGACGUCCGUCCUUCGUAUAACUAAGGAGAAGGUGGCCCGUAUAAUACCAAAUGCGGUAGGAGUAUGCACGCGCGACGAGCGUCACGUCUUCGGCUCGUUGCUGUCGCGCGACUCAACCUACAAACUUAUGAUGCUCGUAUGGAAGGCAAACAGAGUUGAUGAAUUAACCGUGCCUAAACCCGAAGAACUCCGAACAUCGGAAGUCGAAGCAUCAGAAUACUCCCCGGAAGACGACAGUAGUUCAGGAGGAGCAGACCACAUAGAUGCUCCCUCAGUACCUCUUAGACCUGAACCUGAAGCUAUCAUCGCUGCUGCGGGCGCGGCCGUGAUCCAGCCGGCGCUGCUGACGGGCGCCGCGCCGCCGCGCCGCGCGCCGCGCUGGCACGCGCUGCUGCUCGCGCUCGCGCUGCUGCUCUGCUGCUCCGCGCUCUACUUCGCCUACCGCCUCUACGCCGCGAACGAACCGCGCCACGGGGCUCGUGUGUUGCAGGAGGACGUGUCGGGAGACGAGCUGUACUCGGAGCUGGUGCGGUGGCGCGCGCGGCUGCACGGGCGCGCCGCCGCCGAGCUGCACGCCUUCCUCACCACCAACCUGCUGCUGCUCGCCAAGGUGCGUCAGUCACUGGAGGCGCUAUCGGGCGUGAUACUCACAGACAUGUCGCAAGCGGCCGCCGACAUCAACCUCGACGUGCCCAACGAGACGGUGUUCAGUUAGCGCACUGGAACCCCGAGUGAUGUGGUGAUAGUGGUCUAAGGGAAGAGAGGGGGGGGGGGGUGAAAUGCAAUCAAGGACCAGUGAUAUGUUAAACUAGUGCAUUUUAAAUUCUUCGUGGAUUUUCAGUGGUUCUGUUUAAACGGUAUUCUUUUAACCCAAAUUAGUACCUGCUUUUAAACAGUAUGUAAUCGCAAAAGCUUUUUAGUUCUACCGUUAUGUAGUCCUCUUUUUGAAUACUGUGAUUAUUUGUUGAUUUAGAAUUUUAUAUUCUAUUAUGUUAAGUGUAAAGUUAAUUUUAUGUAUAUCCAAAGAAUUCUUGUUUAAAAUUGUGAUUUUGUAUAUAAGAGCAACGGCGAAACCAAUUAAAAGCCUAUAAGGCGAUGCUAGGUCAUAUAGAAUGUGUCAAACACGAUAGGUUAAGGGUGAUUGGCCAAUAGAAUCGACGUUAGGGUAAAUACAAUCAUAUUGGCCCAGUAGUCAAUAUUAUACGUGGCGAUUAAUUACCUACUUUCUUUUAUCUUGGGAAUUGGGUUUAAAAUGUUGCUUGACUAUUAAAUACUAUUUAUAUGAAUACAUUUUUUUGCCUUUAUAUGAUUACCAAAAAAACGAUUCUAAUGUUAAUUUAAUAGUAAACAUGGAAUUUAUAUAUAUAUGUUUAUAUAUUUUAAUAUAAUUUAUUAUUAUUUUAAUUUAAAAAGUUUUAUGAAAUCGAAAAACAAAGCAACAUUUUAACGUGAAACCAGAGAGCAUUUAUAAUUGAAAUUACUUUACCAAAAGGUGGCGGUGCUAGGUACUAAAAACAUUCCUGAACAAAUAUAGUCAGAGCUAUUCGACUAAAAUAUAUCUAAAUUUAUUUGAAAUAAAGUCGAACUAUAAAAUUUUAACAAACGAGAAUAUGAAAUAUUUAGAUAUUUGAAAAUUAUAUGGAACAGGACAAUAAUGAAGAGGCUCUGAUUCUAAUGAACGCAUAAAAUGAUUUUGAACUAAAUGGUUUGCCAAAAAAAAACAAAUACUUCUUGCCAAUACGUAAUAACGAAUAGCUGUCUCUGUUAUUGCGGAUACAUUGUAUGUAGCGCUGGUAUUAGUACAUUUAUUUUUAAGUAUUUAAUUAAGGUGGAAGCGGGCAUUUUAGUAUUCACUUAGUCUUUUCUUGCUCGUUUUUUGAUUGCAUCCUAUAAUUAAUAUUUGACAAAUUUAGCGAAUAGAUAAACAUUAUUUUCAUUGUAUUCGAAUUAAACUGAGUUUAUAGUGGUAAUUAAGUUUUAUUUUCGAAGUUAAUUAAUAUAUUAAUCAAUGCAAUCGAAAGUCGUGGCCCGGUGCAGAUUCAUAGUAUAUAAUUUAUUCUAGUCUUUAGUAACGCUCAACUUAUACGUUUUUGGUACUAUGAUAGAUGUACUUAUAUUCAUUGUAGAAACCGCUUCAGAUAAUGAAUAUGUACGGACAACUGAUUUGUUGUUAUUGUGAAAAGUUGCAUGAGUGAAUUUAUGAUAAUCGUCUCUUUGAUUGGACGUUCAUGGUUGUUUUGAUCAAAUCUAGAAGAAUCUAAAGCAUAAAAAUAAUCACCCUGUUUAUUUAAUAACAAAAUUGUUUAACAUUAUUUAGGUGGGUAAAUUUUUUUUUUAUUGUAAAUUAUAAAAUUGAUAAUCACUAAAUAUAGAACACAUUUUAAAUAUAUUCUAUAACGUAUUCUAAUUCAUACACUUGUGUUUUCAUACAUGUUACCAGCGGUGCCAAAGUAUUUGUCACUACAUCUUUGACGCAUCUAACGUAACUAUAUAGCAAAUCUGGUAUAUUAGGCUGUUUACAAUGACAUUAUCUCUACACGACACAUUGUUGUGAACGCAAACUGAAAACAUCAAUACAUAAUUAUUUAUAAUCUGCUUCUUUCGCAAUCAUAAUUGUUGCCUGAAAUAAAAAUAAAUCCUUGUUAAAAAUACUGCAUGAACAUUUAUUUCUUAAAAUGCUGUUGUGCGUAUAUGUGUCCAGAGAUAAAAGUUAGCUUUUUCAAUGUAAGUCAGAAAUAUUUUUGCCAAAGACAAUGCUAGAUUAGGGAAGGUAUCACGUAGUUAGGUUAGCAGUUUGUACAAUAUGCAGUGUUAGAUAGGAUUAUUUGGAAUUCAUAUUUUCGGCUUAAUGGAAAUGUUAUUUUCAUCUAUAUUAAUAAUUAUAAUCAUUUACUAUGUUGUAAAUUAUUAUAGUUAUGAUGUACGAAUGAUUACAAAGUAUUGUAAUUUUAAUGCUUUGGAUAAGGAUUUUAUCAAUCCGUCUGUCUAAUAAUUUUAUUAUAUGUUGAAAUGUUUAAUGUAUGAAUUAAUGUUAUGUCAAAUUAAGAAACUCAGUGACGUAAAUUAAAAAGUUUUAUUUUUUGAUCUUAUAUUUUUUUUAUGGC